CUUCGCUUGCUUUGUUAACUAAAGUAAAUUGUAUUUGCCUUCAGUUUUACUUAUUCUAUUUGCCUUCUUUUUUACUACUUUUUACUUUGCUCUCAAAAUUCUGCUAUAAAUAUUGAAGAAAAGAUCAGUUUAAUAAUCAUCUUUGAGGGCAUCAUAUAUAAUACUGUAAUCAAAAACACUUUUUUGUUCCUUUACUUCAACAAUUGUUCAAUGGAAAUACUUUUUAAUGCUGUAGGUGGCUUUGUUGUUGAGGUGGGGAAGUUUGUAUCGAAAUGCAUCUAUCCUAAGAUUGAAAACAUCAUCCGUUUCUCAUCAAAAAUUGAAAAUCUAAGGACGGAAAUGGAGGAGCUAACAGCGUUAAGAGAUGAUAUCAAACGAAAGGUGGAAAAAGUGGAGGGAGAAGGCUAUAAACGAAAACCAGAUGUUAUCAAGUGGUUCGAAGAUGUUCAGAAGCUCAAGAAUGAAUGGGAAGUUAUGCAAGAACACAUUGCAGCAGCAAAGACGCUUGUGUAUAAAUGCUGUCCAAAAUGCAGCCGUCGCUCGGAAGUCUCCACUCAAGCAAAGAACAUCUGGGUUCAAUUCUGCAAGCUUAAAGAGGUCGGAGAAAACUUUGGAUCCAAUUUGGUGGUAGAAAAUUACCGGGUGGAAAAAGCUGAGCACAUCCUGGGACCAUCCAUAAAAGGCCAGUUAACAGCAACAAGGAAUCUCAACAAACUCCUACGACUAUUGGAAGAUGAUGAGGUAAGCACCAUCGGUGUGUUGGGUACCGGAGGAGUUGGGAAAACUACAUUGGUGAAGAAUCUGAACAACGAGCUAAAGAAUGUGCCAAGUUCCAAACUGUCUUUUGGCGUUGUGGUAUGGGUUACCGUACCCAGACCACCAAUAGUCAUAAGAAAGAUUCAAGAACAAAUUGCCAGUAGAUUAAAACUACAGGUAGAUAACGAGGCAAGUGUAGAAAACAUUGCCAGCAAAAUCUGUGAAAGGCUCGAGAAAGAAACGAGUUUUCUUCUCAUAUUGGAUGACAUUUGGGAACCUAUAAAGUUGGAUGAUGUAGGCGUGCCCCAACUUUCCGCGAGAAGCAAGGUAAUUAUAACUUCUCGUUUUUUGAGUGUUUGUAACCAAAUGAAUACAGAUGUCGAAAUGAAGGUUUACACAUUGGACGAGGAUGAAUCUUGGCAACUGUUUGCCCAAAAUGUGGGAGAUAUUGUCAAUCAGGAGCAAAUCCAUCCAUUGGCAAAGGAAAUCGCAAGAGAGUGUGAUGGUUUACCUUUAGCAAUCAUUGUUAUUGGAUCAUCCAUGAGAGGGAAGACAAAGGUCGAGCUUUGGGAAGAUGCUUUGAAAUCACUUAGAAUGUCCGAACCUCAUAACAAGGAUGUCGAGAAAAAAGUUUACACGGUCAUCAAGUGGAGUUUUGAUUCUUUAGAAUCUCAGGAUAUUGAAUUAUCUUCAGAGCAAAGAAGAAAACAUGUGAACAAAAAGAGAGGUGAUAUUCAAAGUUGUUUCUUAUAUUGCUCUUUAUAUCCGGCGGCUAUUUUGAUAGAUGAUCUCAUACAUUGCUGGUGGGCGGAGGAGAUCCUCGGUGAACAUGACACAUAUGAAGAAGCCUACAACAGGGGAAUCACGUUGAUUGAGAGUCUAAAAGAUGCCUGCUUGUUAGAAGCCGAUAAGAUGGAGAUUGAGCGGAGGCAGGUUGUGGAUUGUGUGAAGAUGCAUGAUGUGGUUCGUGAUGUUGCUAGAUGGAUAGCUAGUACCUUUGGGGAUGAACACACUUCUGGUUUUCUAGCUGGAAUUGGGUUGACUGAGAUAUCACAUAUUAAAAUAUCAGCUUCUGUCAAGAGAAUAUCUUUCAUAAGCAACAAAAUUGCAUGUCUACGUGGUAUUACAACAAAAUGUCCAAAGACAACAUCUUUACUUUUGCAAGGCAAUGAACCCCUUGAGAAAAUACCCCAGGAAUUUUUUUUGGCAUUUCCAGCUCUAAGAGUUCUGAAUCUGAGUCAAACUGGUAUUGAAACACUGCCUUCCUCCAUCAAUAGUUUAUGUCAAUUACGUGCUCUAAUACUACAAAAUUGUUAUUGGUUCAAAGAGUUACCACCUAUUGGUAAUCUUCACAGUUUGCAGUUGCUCGAUUGUGAUAAAACAUUCGUUCGUCGUCUGCCGAAAGGAAUGGACAAUUUGACAAAUCUGAGGCUAUUAAAUAUGUCUGUUGCUAAUAUGAAGAGCAUCAGAAAAGGAUUUUUCCUCAACUUUCCUAGCAUUGAAAUGUUAAAUCUGUCGUUUGGCUCUGAUGAAGCGACUUCUUUUGAUGAGAUAUCAUCGCUACAGAAUCUGACUCGUCUUUCUAUUAGAGUGGAUAGCUCAUCAUGUUUGAAUAGAGAUUACACCUGGAUGACUAGAUUGAAAGGAUUUCACAUUAAAGUUGGGGAAACUUCAAUUCAAGUACCAUACAACAAGUCAAUAAGGGCAAUAAAUGUCUACAAGUGUGAAAUGUUCAGUAACGGAGAGCUCUCAGGCAUGUUGCAGUUUGCUUCAGAUUUGUACUUGCACGAAUGCACGGGUCUCAGGAAGUUGAUUGCAUACAACACUUUUAAUGGAUUAAAAUUACUAAAGAUAGAGCACUGUUCUUGUUCUUUCGGACCAGUGGAAGGAGGAAGUGGACAAUUUGACCCUUUGCCAAAUUUGGAAUAUCUCGACCUCUAUUUGGUAAAAAAUUUAGAGAGUGUUUCUAAUUUCGGUCAAUAUUUGGGUCUAAGAUUUUCUAAAUUACGCCAACUGAAUAUCUCUUAUUGUGAAAGUUUAACAUGUCUUUUCAACGAUCGUGGAGCAUGUUCUAUACCCAAGCACUUGGAAGAAAUUACGAUUAACAAUUGCCUUGAACUGGUAGAGUUGUUUGUGCAAUGCAGCUCAAGUGAUCAAGCAACAAUUGUUAACUCAGAAAUUCCAAGAGUUUGGAAGUUAAAGUUGUACAACUUACCAGAACUAGGAACGUUGGGGGAGCCACAGAGAAUGUGGGAACACUUGGAGGAACUCAAGUUGAGCUAUUGUGACGGAUUAAGGAAGCUGCCUUUCUCUAUUCAAACCUCCAAAAACAUCAAAGUAAUAAGAGGAUCAUCAGAAUGGUGGAGCCAACUGGAAUGGGAUGAUGAAAACUUCAAGUCAAAUUUAGAGCAUUGUUACAAAGAAUGGUAAAACUGAUGACACAAAGAUCAAAGUUGACGUGGCUUCCGCUGCAUCUCAGGGAAGAAUAGAAGCUGAGAAAGGACAUUCCUGCACUGGAGAGACACAGGUUUCGAGAUAAAGUUAACCGGUCUAGUUUGUUGUAAUGUAUUUCCUACUACCAGUCAAGUUUGUUGUAAUGUAUUUCCUUAAUCAGUCAAGUUUGUUGUAAUGCAUUUUCUGCCAAUAAGUGUUCCUUGUUUGUA